ACGUGCUCAACCAGAGUUUCAUCGACAGCUGAGUAGCAGCUACAACGCGAUAGCUUUUUUUAUUUAUGAUUUUUUUUUUUAAAUGGUUACGUUUGAGCCAUUCAACCACACUGACGGCAACGUGUGCGCUAUGGGCGACAAGAAGAGUCCUACAAGGCCGAAACGGCAGCCGAAGCAGCCGCCAGUCGAUGAUGGCUACUGGGACUGUAGCGUUUGCACCUUCAGGAACACUGCUGAGGCGUUCAAGUGCACGAUGUGUGAUGUCAGGAAAGGGACGUCAACUAGAAAACCACGACCUGUCUCCCAGUUGGUAGUACAGCAAGUAAAUCAGCAAUUUGCACCGCCGCCCACGCUGCUUAGGAAGGAGAAGAAAGAAAAAUCUGAGAAGAGCGACAAGGAACUCACGCUGAGAAAGAAAAGCCUAAAAAAGAUAAGACCAAGGUUAAAAAACGUGGACCGAAGCAGUGCUCAGCAUUUGGAGGUAACAGUUGGUGACCUAACAGUAAUUAUUACAGACUUUAAGGAGAAGGCCAAACCUACUUCUACUUCCGCGAGCGCCACAGCUGCGGAUCUGCACAGUCAAAGCGGCUCGAGCUCCGACAACACUGAGCGAGGGGUGUCACGGUGCUCGUCGCCGCGAGGGGAUGGCCCGUCAGUCAAUGGCGAAGCUCACUAAUUCAUGGAUAUCCCAACAUGGCAUUUGCAUUCUAAAGCACUCUCAACCAGAUAUUGACGUGCAUGUUUUGUUAGUAUAACUCCCAUUUUAUUAGAGGUGGGUUCGUUCCAUGUUUGAGUGCUUUGGGGAUACUUCUGAGUUCAUUGUGAACAGCCAAAUCAAACAUGAUAAACUGAGCGAAUGAACAUUAAGUAGCAUAUAACCAGUGUGAGAUGUCACACUGUUGGUGGUGAAGAAUUGAUGCAUUAAGAAGGCAAUGUGAGGUACAUUUCAUGUUGUAGUUAUCGCUAGAAAUUAUUUGCACUUGAAUGGCAUUUUAUGUUCAUGAAAACAUUUUGUGUCCCUUCCUAUUGUCUUUGUCAUUAUUGGUCAAUCAUAAUUUUGUUUCUGGCCUUAUCUGCUCUCAUGUCUUCGGAUGCAAUAUUUGUUUUCCUUUUAACAUUUUAGUAAGAAAUAUUAAAUUGUACUUUUUCACUUUGA